AUGGCGGAUCCCGGGGUGCGUCGCGAGGAGGCCGGGCGAGGGUCCUCCGGGGCCGGCGGCCGACUGCCCAGCCGGGUGCUGGAGUUGGUGUUCUCUUACCUGGAGCUGUCCGAGCUGCGGAGCUGCGCCCUGGUGUGCAAGCAUUGGUACCGCUGCCUUCACGGCGACGAGAACAGCGAGGUGUGGCGGAGCCUGUGCGCCCGCAGCCUGGCAGAAGAGGCUCUGCGCACGGACAUCCUCUGCAACCUGCCCAGCUACAAGGCCAAGGUACGUGCUUUCCAACAUGCCUUCAGCACAAAUGACUGCUCCAGGAACGUCUAUAUCAAGAAGAAUGGCUUUACAUUACAUCGGAACCCCAUCGCCCAGAGCACCGAUGGUGCAAGGACCAAGAUUGGGUUCAGUGAGGGCCGCCACGCCUGGGAAGUGUGGUGGGAGGGCCCUUUGGGCACUGUGGCAGUGAUAGGAAUCGCUACGAAGCGGGCCCCUAUGCAGUGCCAAGGCUACGUGGCAUUGCUGGGGAGUGAUGACCAGAGCUGGGGCUGGAAUCUGGUGGACAAUAAUCUACUACAUAACGGGGAAGUCAAUGGCAGUUUUCCACAGUGCAACAAUGCACCAAAGUAUCAGAUAGGAGAGAGAAUCCGGGUCAUCUUGGACAUGGAAGAUAAGACUUUAGCUUUUGAGCGUGGGUAUGAGUUCCUGGGAGUUGCCUUCCGAGGACUUCCGAAGGCCUGCUUAUACCCAGCAGUGUCUGCUGUAUAUGGCAACACAGAAGUGACUUUGGUUUACCUUGGGAAACCUUUGGAUGGAUGACAGUGGCUUUCUGGGAAGACGGACAGUGGAGAAGAGAUCUACUUAUGGAAAGUAGAACCAUGAAGUGAUAGUGUCAUGUGUGCAUGCCCAAGAAACAUCCCGAAAACACAUGAAGUGGAGAACCGGAGAAGCAGCUGUACAACAGAGAUGAUCUUAGUGUUUCCUCUUUCCACUGGGCCAGAAAAAUCCUCAGGGUUGCAGUUGGUUGAGUGGGUAGUUGACACAUGCAUGUUGCCACAGACUCUUCUCUAAGUUAGCAGUGAGUUACUUCCAGCUUAAAGGUGAGGUUCAGAGAUGCUGUAGAAGGGAACCGCAGGAUCGGAUGUGGUUUUAUGAAGAAGGUUCAAUCCCAUCUUACAACUGCCUGUUCUUCCUCCAGUCCCUUUACUUCUAGCCAGCUUGACUUAGAAAGUAUGAAACUGGCUGGGUUUUAUUUAAUAUUUUUAAUAUAUUGAGAAGCAUGGUCUGCCUGGACUGCACUUCUCUAGCAAUGAGAAAUAAAAUUGUGCAGCUAUUUUAAAAGUUGUAUAUAUAAUGUGUGUAAAAACUGUUAAAAAAACAAAAAGGACAAAGGGAUUUCUUUGUUCUAAUUCAGUUUCUUAAAUAUCACUACAUGGUACAAAAUUAGAGUGACAUUUGGGGACAGUAGGGUAACACAAACAGAAAGAGGAGACACGUUGUACUAGCUCAUUUGUGUUUGGGGCUUAUAGUCCAUGGCUGUAACAGAAUUAUGGCAAAGGUUCCUCGGUUGGCUAAAGACUGGGGAAGUAGAUCUACUUAUAAUUAUGCAUUGCCAGCAAGGGCUGUUGCAGACGUAAUAGGAAUGUGCGUCUCUUGGCAUCUGGCUUCAGUUUUUGGUCCUCUGGGAAAACUGGUCUCCACACCGAACAGUCCCAGCUGCUCUUACAGUCCUCAGUAUGAGCGCUGUUAGUAUAAACCCCAGGGGAACACAUAGUCAACGGUUCUUUUAUUUCCUAACUUUAUAAUGCUGUAGAUGUUAUGAAUAAUUUUUAAUUUCAUAUUGUUUACAUUAUACAACAAUUGGAGCCUCAAAGUCUCCACUGGGGCUGUCAACAAAAUGUUUACUCACCCAUCUGAAACAGUGCCAUCCCAAACCCUGGUUAAGAGUGUUCUUAAUCACCUAGGUAUUGCCCCCUGGGACUGAACGCUGAAAACCUAGGUUGGCAACAAUUAGAAAGUCAUUGGAAAGAGUUGAACAUUAUUUCCUCUUUUGACCCAUAAACCUUCUCACUGAUGCUCUGGAAUAAUAAUUCGACACACAUGAGCUGAGGGUUUGUUUUUUUCUUUUGUUACAACAGAAACACCUUUCUGUAUGAAAGUAUAAUUAAUAUGGCUCAGAUACAUAAGAAUUGAUGAAGGCAAGUAAAAUCUUUGUACUUUUUACAUGACUGCUGUAUGUAUAUUUUGUUUUAAAUCUAAUAAAAUUAGGGACAGCGAGCAGCUUGCUGGGGUUCUUGGAGUCCUUGAGAAUUAAACUUAUCAAUAUUGCUAGGAAGCAGGAGGCUUCAGCCAUAGACAGGCCUGUAGUCCCCUCUUGAAAGGGUUACAGGUAUUGAUUGUGUAUUUGCUGUGUUGCUUGAAAAAGAGAAAUUUGUUAAAGAUUCUUUUUUUAUAAUCUGUAUCGAGAAGAAACUUUGUACAAAGUGGAAUUAAAUGUUAAACGUAUUGGGGAAGACAGCUGGCCCAGGGAAUGUUGUGGCUUUUUGUUUUUGUUUUGUUUUGUUUUUGUUUUGUUUUCUGGUCUAGAACAACUGUUUGGUGGUAGUCAAGUUUGGUUAAAGACCUGGUUAAGGAUGGAGAGGACUAGUGGAGAGGUGGUGGCGGUCCUUAAGUACUUGCUGCAUCUUCAGGUGUGACAGUUGUUGAGCUGCCCAUGAGUUUGGCUUAUAACUUUGUUUUUGUCUUGUCAUAAAUGUUAAUUUGUAACAACAUUCUGACGGUGCUCACUGGAAAACAGAAUCCCAUGGUUAUUCGUUCCUUAUUGAACCUAAAAUCAGAUAAUUGCCUAACUGUUGAACGCCAAGCUAUUUCUGUGUUUUGUUUUUGAUUUUUUAAGACUGAUUCUCGAUAUGUAGUUCAAGCCUCCUUGAACUCACAGUGAUCUCCCUGCCUCAGCCUUCCCAAUACUGGGAAUACAGGUGUAUGCCGCCAUUCUUAGGUCAAAAAUCGAGUGUUCCUAGUUAGGAUGAGCGUCAGGAGAAUGGAGAGCCUUCAUUUAUAGCUGGGUCUGUUUGUUACUAGAGCCCUGUAGUGGCUGUGGAGAUCAUUAAGGCAAACUGCUCCAUGUUGAAGAAGGCCCUGUUUCCAUUGGUGCUUAGAAAGCAUGUAGAAGAAACAUUUGCACCUGAAGACUGAGCAUAUCACCUAAAUCAGUGCUGCUCCAGCUUGGCUGGAUUUUGGAGUAGCUUAAAAAAUAUGUAAGCAUGGGCCCCAUAACCCUGAUUCUGGUGUUGUUGGGAUAUGUUCUGACCAUAAGGAUUUAAAAAUGUCCUGCUGGUUUCAGAAUGCUGCCAGGGGUUGAGAGCAGUUGUGCCGAACUUCACCUAGACUUUCCUCAUCUGCAAAGUAGGAAGUCCUUGCUCCCCUCACUACCUCACAGGGAUACAGAGGGUCCAAGAGAAAACACUGAGUCCUGGUGGUGUGGGUGGAAGGCUGCUGAGAGGCGAGCCGCUGUUCUGUUUCCACUGCAGCUGCGAUCAGGAAAACAUGUGUAAUUGAAUUUGUUGCUGCCGCGGGAGCUCUCGUGUCGUUCUUUGAGGAAGCAUGCAUGGGUGGAACUGAAGUUAAUUACUCCUCCUCGGAUUCACUAUGGUCUCCUGUCCUACUUGAGAUAGGCUGUUACAAUUGUCUGGUUUUUCAUAGGAAAGAAGAAAUAUUAAGACUUAAUUCUGUAAUGUUCAUUGGCUCAUAAUUCAUUAAAAAUUCAUACAAGGAA